AUGACCAGAGCAUCUACUCCUCCACCACCAUCUCAACCCUCAAAAGCAACCGCAGACCAUCAUCCACCCUCGCUGCCCACUUCACCCGCAGCCAAACGGGUUAAAAGCGACACCAACGGCUCAAACACCUCGAGUCAUACACUCUCCCCUUCUGGCCCAUCUACCAUCAACAUGUCUUCGGCCGCCGACUCUACGGCAGUUCCUCAACUCUCAGCCCAUCCUCCCUUGCUAAUCAAAAAGCUCUCCCCCGAUGCCACCACACCGACCCGUGGCUCCGCCUUUGCCGCUGGCUACGAUCUAUACGCGUCCAAACCCAUCACGAUACCGUCACGGGGCAAAGCUCUGGUGUCGACGGACUUGGCGAUUGCCACGCCAGAGGGGACGUAUGGCCGAGUAGCGCCUCGCUCGGGCCUCGCGUCGAAACAUUUCAUCGAUACGGGCGCGGGGGUUAUCGAUGCUGACUACCGCGGCGAAGUCAAGGUGUUGCUGUUCAAUCACUCGGAAGUAGAUUUCGAGGUCAAGAAAGGCGAUAGGAUUGCACAGUUGGUUUUGGAGAGGAUCUACACACCUGAGAUUGUGGAAGUCGAGAGUCUCGAGGAGAGUGUUAGGGGAGCUGGGGGAUUUGGGAGUACAGGUUGA